ACUGUAUCUGUAAGUCAACUAUUAUUAUUCAAAGGUCCAUGACCUAAUUGCGAUUUAAUACUCAACCAGCUCCAACUCACCUACCACCAAUUGGCUCGCCUACCAUCGUCAUCGACCAUGGCGACCAAGCUCUGCCGAAGCAGGGCCUUCGCAUCAGCUCUGCGACCGGCGAAGCCUUCGCUCCCGUCCCGGAACGAGCAGGUCGUCCGUUGCAUCGCCUCUACUGCUCGACAAAAUGUCGCUAUGCCCAAGGAUGUUACGAACCCGAGGCAAGCGCCGCGAGACCACCCGAAAGAACUCAAAGCACCCCUCAUAAACCCCGCCGACAAAUAUUCCAACAAAGCCGAUGACCUCCAUCGCUAUGGAGCUUGGCUUAUGGGUUGCUUGCCCAAGUACAUCCAGCAAUUCUCCGUCUGGAAGGACGAACUGGUUAUCUAUAUCUCGCCUUCCGGAGUCAUACCCGUCUUCUCUUUCUUGAAGUACAACACAGCUGCCGAGUUUACCCAAGUCAGUACUAUUACUGCCGUCGACUUCCCCACCAGAGAUCAACGGUUCGAAAUUGUUUAUAAUAUGUUGAGUGUGAGACAUAAUGCGCGAAUCCGAGUAAAGACAUACGCCGACGAGGCAUCACCAGUACCAAGCAUUACGCCCUUAUUCGAUGGUGCAAAUUGGUACGAGCGAGAAGUUUACGACAUGUUUGGUGUUUUCUUCCUCGGCCACCCGGACUUGCGCCGAAUCAUGACGGACUACGGUUUUGAAGGACAUCCCCUCCGAAAGGACUUCCCUCUUACCGGCUAUACCGAAAUUCGAUACGAUGAAGAGAAGAAGCGUAUCGUAACCGAACCGUUAGAAAUGACGCAAGCAUUCCGUAACUUCGAGGGAGGUUCUACGGCAUGGGAGCCGGUCGGACUUGGUGAUGAUCGAAAGCCGGAGAGCUUUAAAUUGCCUACGCCCAAGCCCGAGGAAAAGAAAGAGGAACCUAAGAAAUAGAGGCCGGCUAUACGGCUUGUACAUAUCUGUGAUACAAUUGACAUCGUUAACUUGAGAA